AUGUCCACACGGGAAUGGUCUAUCAACGCCAGCUUCGCCGGCAUGUUCAAGAAGAGCCAGGCCGAGCCAGAGGAGGAGGAGGCACACCAUGACGAGGUAGAGGCAACAGCCCCGGCAGCAUCGGUGCCCUCAGCAGUCUCGUGGCUAGCCUCGCUGGGGAAGAAGCCAGCAGUCGCUGCUGCCCAUGAUGAUGACGACGAGACGGAAUCGAUCGAGGUUGGUGAUGUAUCAAAACCCUCCCAGAAGAAAUACCGGUUUUUGUUGCCCGCAAUUGACCGACGGAAGAUCCCGAAAGCUCCUCCUUUCUACAGGAGAGGCAGUGAUGAAGAGAUUCGUCGGCGCUGGUUGAGCACGAGAAAGGCACUCACUGAAGGGUGGAAACGGAAACGUCGAGAUGCUCUUCGCCGGGUGAAGCGAUGGCAGCAGAGUACAGGGCAGUUCCGAGCCACUGAGCAGCUAUUCUUUGAUGAGCAGCCACAUUAA